UUGGCGCUGAGUCUUGUUUUUGGGGGAUGAAUUUAGCUUGCGCUUUAUAUUCAGCGUCAAUGAAACUGUGGUGUCAACCAUUUAGUCUUAAAUGAGAUUUGGUAACUCUUGUAUAAAAAUAAUAGAAAAUCGAACCGAUGGAAAAGCAGUUUCUAUAAAUUAAAAUUUCUCUUGCUAUUUUUUUCUGAUUUGAAAUAAUAGAGCAUUUUAGGCAAGAAACAUGUCUUUUAAACGCGUAAGGCAACCAAAAAUGACAACUCAAGCUCUUUUAGAUUUCGAUCUGGGCGAAAGUUCGUCUGAUAGUGAUUUUCGCAUAGACGAAGAGGAGCAAGACAGCAAUGAUGAAGGGAAUUCUUCCGAAAAUAGUAGUGAUAAUGACAGUGAAUCAGAUGCUUUGUCAAAUAAUGAAGACAGCGAUGAUUCCCUUCAAAAUUUCAAAGAGUUUUCGAAUGAUGAUUAUUUUGAUCCACCAACAAAUGGUUACAAUGACAUAUCCGAAGCAAUGAAAAAGUUAGAGACGAAAGGGUAUGAAGAGCCUAAACUACCAGUAAAACCAAUUUGUUGCGUUUGUUUAGGAGAUCGUAGUGAUGACUCAAAUGAGAUAAUCGAGUGUGAUGGAUGUGGUGUUUCUGUACAUGAGGGUUGCUACGGAGUUAAUGAUAACAUAAGUAUAUCCAGCACCAAUUCUACCUGCUCCACCGAGCCCUGGUUUUGUGAAGCGUGCCGCGCUGGUGUGUCCGAGCCAGUUUGCGAGUUAUGCCCAAAUAAAGGCGGAAUAUAUAAAGAAACUGAUGUUGGGAAAUGGGUUCAUCUAAUAUGUGCGCUUUACAUUCCUGGCGUUGCUUUUGGCGAAGUCGAUCAACUAUCUUCCGUUACACUGUUUGAAAUGCCGUAUAGUAAAUGGGGAGCCAAAACAUGUUCUCUAUGCGAAAACACCCGAUAUGCUCGAACAGGUGUUUGCAUCGGAUGCGAUGCCGGAAUGUGUAAAACUUAUUUUCAUGUAACUUGUGCCCAAACGGCUGGAUUUCUAACAGAAGCACAUCAUGAAGAAGCUGAAGUUGCUGACCCAUUUUUUGCACAUUGCAAGGUGCAUUCCGAAAAAGAAAUGAUAAAACGAAGAAAACGGAAUUAUCACAACCUUAAGUUAAGCAUGCAACAAAAACAAAAGGAAAAAAAUAUGCUAAAACAUGACGACCCCUGCCCAGCCCAAUUGCGUAUUCAACGGAAAUUACUAAAAUACCAGUCCAAAUAUUCACAAGGUAAAAGAAUGAAACCAGAUCCUUGGGUACCUACUCAAAAAAUGUCACGGCUUCUGACAACUUCAGCUUCUGCUUGUAAAAGACUGCUUGCAAAAGCAAAUAUAAUGGCCGUUGAUGUAGAGCUAUUAGAACGACAGCAAGCACAGAUCGCAGCCUUAGCUGAUAUACGUAAAAAGUGGCAUAUUGCACCCGCAUUCAGUGUGGAAUUUAUUGGUUAUUACUUGGAUCGAAUUUCACGUACAAAAGAACUUAAACUGCAGCUUUCAGAAAUGAUGGAAAAUAAUUUAAGUCUUUCGCAAGAGCAAGAUAUACUGCGCCUCAGUUAUGAUUCCAGACUUGAAACAAAUAAAGAAUUAAAAUCAAAAAGGGAAUCGUUAAUAUAUACAAUUACACAACUUCAUAAGGAAAUAAAUCUUAUGUGCCCGAACAAAGUAUUUCCAAAUCCUUCAAAUAUCGGACAUGCCCAAUACGAUUCUAAUAAAUCGGCAUCAACGCCACCAAGCAGACCAAUUUCAGUUCCAACAGCAGCCGCUCUUAAAAUGGGAGUGGGAUUUCCCUUAGCACAUCUUGGUCCACCAGGCACAAAAGUGGACUCUUCUCGCCUGCUGAGUACUCAUGCAAAGUCUUCACCAAUCGCUAGCGGAGGUGCCUCCUCAGCACCGAGUACUCCUACGAUGAAUGUGCAAACAUUUGAAUGUGGUAUAUGCAAACGCACCUCUGACCAGCAUUUGUUGGCCAAAUGCGAUACUUGUAAAUUACACUAUCACUUAAGUUGUUUGAAUCCCCCAUUAACUCGCCAUCCUAAAAAGUCGAAACUCUAUGGAUGGCAGUGUUCGGAAUGUGACAAGUCUGAAGAUUCUGAAGGGGUAGCGGAUAUACCUAAAGGGCCACGUAAAUCACGCACACGUUUUAACAAAGACGGGUCGAUUAUUGCUGCACAUAUGCCGGAUACGGAAAGUGAUUCUGGACCACAACUUAAAAUGCGUUCAGUAGACAAUUCAACUCCAAAGGUUGCGACCCAGAAAAAAAAGGUUCAUAAUUCAAUAACAACAACAAGUGAGAGUGAUGCAAGCAGCAAAACUACUACAACUAAAAUGGACCUAUCAUCAUCGGUUCUAGGGAAAAAAACGAAGUGCUACGUUCCCCUACAAAAUAUCAAGAAGAAAAUGCAAUCAGUUGCUGAACUAUCUCAGCUUUCAUCGUUAAAAAAGCCUACAAUAAAACCAGUCCAUACAGAGCUUUCUGAUGAGCCAUUGUUGCUGGUAAUGCCUCCUGCUACGAUUCCACCGUCAAUAGAUCACAUUCCUGAUAACGAUCCUUUGGCAUUACCGUUAAAUAGUAACACUACUGUCUCAUCUAUGGACGAUUCAUCGGAUCCCAAUAAACAAGCGAGAAAGCAGAAACGUAAAGACAAGCAUAAGAACAAGCAUAACAUUUCAUCUGAUACUGAAAAGUCGCCCAACAAGGAGCAUAAACGCAAGCGUAAGAAAAGAGUGCAUGGUCAUGAUGAAGAAAACCCAAAUGAAAGCAAUGGUGUAAGCGUUCCGAAAAUUAAAAUCAAAUUCAAAACUUUGCCAUUGCCUGGUGAAGUAACGCCGGAAGCACAGUUUUUUUAUGUGUCAGCGGAUAUGGUACGGUCAGCUGAAGAGGCAUCACGCCCAACAUCCGUAGAAACCGUAGAAGAUUUGACACCAAUUUUGGCAGAAGAACGUCAUGUAGAGGGAAACAAAGCGAGCACAUCACUAAUUUCGGCAGAUUUAGCAGUCGCUAAAACUCAUCUAAUUACACGAAAAACAAGUCCAAGGAAAUCAGCCGGUAAAAGAAAUUCACAAACGUCUCAUUCUAAAUUAACAACCAUGACGCCGUCAACUGUAAGUCUUGUCUGUUGUAUAUGUAAGGAAAUUGGCGCAACAAGCAAUGCCGUAACUUGUGAUGAGUGUCAUAAGCAUUAUCAUUUUACAUGCUUAGAUCCUCCAUUGAAAAAAACACCAAAAAUACGUGGUUACUCUUGGCACUGUGCAGAUUGUGAUCCGACAGAUGACGAGAAAAAAUAAGCCAAACGUGAUAUCGUUUCGGAAAUAAGUUGAUUGCUUGUGCAAAAUAUAUUUACACAUCUAUUCUUAUUAUAUAUAUGGCUAUUGACAUCACUUCUUUUCAUCUUUAACAUCACUUCGGCUCUGAAUACGUAUUUACCGGUUUUCUGUUCAAAUUUAAUUAAUUUCUUAAAGUAAUACUGAGAAAAAAGUUACGAAUAAUCUUUAGCCACUUGCAAACUUUGUGGGAAUCCGCUCUGCAACAUUUAUUUAAAUUUUAUUUAUUAUUAUGACUAAUAAAAUUUCUUACCAUGAACA